AUGGAGGCACUGUUGCUGGUGGUCUUGAGCGGCGAGCGUAGAUUGGUAAUGGAGCAGGAUGUUACAAUGGUGGAGAGCCUAAAGUUGAAGGGGGAAAAAGAUGUAAAGGAGAGGAUAUUACUUGGGGAGAGCAAAGAUUGCGGGAAAGGAUGUAGAACAGGACAUAGAAUGUAUUACGAAGAAAUAUG